AUGGACAAACGAAUGGAUUUGAAGCUGAACGGUAAUCGCAGCGUGACGGGUGUCCUACGUGGAUUCGAUCCCUUCAUGAACAUUGUUGUCGAGGAUGCCGUGGAAAAUUUGAAGAAUGGUGGAAAGAACGACAUUGGUAUGAUCGUAAUUCGAGGCAGCUCGAUAGUCGUUAUGGAGCCGAAGGAACGCCUGGACCAACGAUAA